AUGUCUUCAUUCUUCACUGCCCCCGCUUCACAGCGGAAGCGCAAGCGAUCGGGCACAGAUACUCCAGCAAAUUCGUCUCGAAAAGCAUCUGGAACAGCGAAGCCACCUUCGAAGAAGCGACAGGUCCGCGACGAAGAGAUAUCGAGUGAUGACGAUGAUUCGAUUGAUUCCGCAAGCAUAGCCUCAGCUGAAGAUAGUGACGAUGAAUCGAUUCUGGGAGAGACAGAGGCCGAAAAGCGACUACGUUUGGCACAGCAGUAUCUUGAUAAUCUACGAACUGAGACUGAAGAACACGGUUUCGACGCUGCGGAUAUUGAUCGCGAUCUCAUUGCCGAACGUCUAAAAUCUUCAGUCGCAGAAACACACGGCAAACUCUACCGCCAUAUUGCGACUUCACUCUCCUUCUCCACCUCUUCACCAAUCCAAUUCCGUCAUGCAUUUCAAGCCACCACAUCCGUAGCAAUCUGCCAUCCUUACAUUUACACAACCACAAAAGACGUCGCUUUGAUCAAAUGGAAAUUUCCAACUUCAGUCUCCUCACGCGCUCAUGGCAGUUCGGAAACUGUAUCGCAAGAAGAAGAGGGGUUGAAACCUAAACAAAUCCGCUGCGUAAGAGGCUCGCGCACCCGUGAGAACCGCCCAACAGACGCAACAUACCAAGGCCAUAUCGACACCAUCCUGUGCGUUGCAGCUUCACCGGACGGGAAGUACGUAGCGACAGGUGGGAAGGAUUCGCGCAUAGUAGUCUGGGAUGCGGAGACUUUAAAACCGUUGAAAGUUUUCAAGCACCAUAGAGAUUCUGUUAACGGAUUGGUAUUCAGACGAGGCACGAAUCAACUAUAUAGCUGUAGCUCUGAUCGAACGAUCAAGUUGUGGAGUUUGGACGAAUUGACCUAUGUGGAAACAUUGUUUGGUCAUCAAGAUGAGGUUAUGGCAAUUGAUUCGUUGGCAUAUGAGAGGUGUGUAACCGUGGGUGCUAGGGAUAAAAGUGCGAGAUUAUGGAAGAUCGUGGAUGAGACACAGCUAGUAUUUAGAGGUGGCGGCGAAGGCAAAGUCAGGAGAAGAGCGGAACCAGAGGCUGUUCAAGAGGUGGGAUAUACAGAGGGAAGCAUUGAUUGUGUAUGUAUGGUUGAUGAGGAGCACUUCGUGACGGGUAGCGACAAUGGUUCCAUAUCACUAUGGUCGCUACAUAAAAAGAAGCCGGUAUUUACGAUAAGAACGGCGCACGGUUUACGGCCAUCGAUAAACCCAUCCGAUCAUUCUGCAGAAGCAAAUCCGGAGGAUGUCAACGUUCCUCGGCAACCUUAUUAUAUCACUGCACUAGCGGCAAUUCCUUAUUCCGAUGUAUUUUUCUCUGGAAGUUGGGAUGGAUGUAUCCGGGUAUGGAAGAUUUCAGAAGAUAAAAGGAGUAUUGAAUCAGCCGGAGUGAUUGGGGCUGGGGCUGGGGGACAGGAAGCAGAAGAAGGAGGCGUGAUGCUAGACGAAGCAGAGUCACGGACACCCUUCAGAGGUGUUGUUAACAGCCUGGCUGUUUACGAGAAAAAUUCUGGUCGGGAAGACGAGAGCUGCGUGGUUAUCGCAGGCAUUGGACAAGAGAUGAGGAUGGGUAGAUGGCUAAGAAUUAAGGGUAGGAACGCGGCGGUUAUGUUUGUUGUUGAUAGGUUGGGGAGGAAGGUUAAUGGGGCGUCUUGA